AUGCAAUUGACUGGAUUUUUGAAGAAACUAAAGAACGAGCAAGUGUCUAUAGAGCUUAAAAACGGAACAACGGUAUGGGGUAUAGUGAGAAACGUAUCGCCACAGAUGAAUGUUUCGCUCACAGAUGUAAGGCUCACACUCCCCGCUAAAAGUUCAGAUGCGACAUUAGCUGCGGUUUUACUCUCUGGAGGUUCGACUCAGGGCCAAGAUUCUAAGAGAACGACUAGUUUGGAGUUCAUUAAUAUCAGAGGUAACACUAUUAGACACAUUCUACUUCCAGACAACAUCAACUUAGAUGCUCUAUUGGUGGAUCAAGAGGAGGUGAAUAGAUUACGAAAGCUGGGGAAAGUGGGCCAUGAUGCUAAUAAGAAGAGAAGUUUGGAGAGUAAUGGAAACGCUCCUAAACGUCCGAAGAGAGCAUUCUAA